AGAGCAGGGUGAGUGUUCCUGCCUUCCUGCUGCCUCCACAUCCACCUACAGCAGGGAAGAGGCUCCACCCCCCGGCACAUAAAAGCAAAGGGCAUGUAGCCCACAGCUGCUCAGAGCACUUUCUAGGUCUCCCUCACUGCCACAUGCCUCAGUGAUACCUUCCCUUCCGCCUUGGAGAAUUAAGCUUGAUCCCUUCUUAGAAUCACCCAGUCUGCAAUCCAAUCAGGUCUUCAAAAGUCCCUUAAGAAUAACCAGCCCAGCAGUCACAAUAGCCUUCUGUUACACAGUUGCAAUGAACCUGCGGAUGGACAGAAAGUCUAGCAGAUAGUGAAAACCUGAGUGGUGAGAAAUUAAAGAUAAGGCAAUCCGGGCGUCUCUUCAAGCAAAAGAACAUUUUAUAAGGUGGUGAUCACAGAAGAAAGAAUCCCUAUAUCUGACUCCAGUCGUACAUGAAACUUCUCCAUCAACGGCACCUUCUUCCGUAAAUGUAAUGGCUCUUCCUGAAAGGUCUCCUCAGCAGCUUUUGGCACUUAUUGCCAUCCUUGCUGGGACAUUGGGUCCUGCCUAUGGAGGUGCCUACUAUGGAGCAAAGCAGAUGCCACCACAGGUUCCCCAGUAUCAAGCUAUGGGACAACAGAUGCCUCACAUGCCCCAUGGAAAGGAAGGCCCACCUUUAGGACCCAUGGGAAAUGAAAAAGCGUACAUGCCAUAUUAUGGAAAGGACAUCCCCAUGAUGCAAAUGCAUCCCAUGGAUCUGAUGCCAAGGAAAAAAGGAAAAGAUUACCAAAUGCCUGCUCAGCGUGGGGAACCAGGUCCUUCAGGAGAACCAGGGAUAAGAGGACCACCUGGGCCCCCAGGGGUACCAGGGCAAGGCCUACCAGGGCCAAAAGGACACCAAGGACCACCAGGCCUACCUGGAAAUCCAGGUAUCGGCAAACCGGGAAUGCCAGGAAUGCCUGGAAAACCAGGCGCUAUUGGGAUGCCAGGCCCAAAGGGUGAUCUUGGACCAAAGGGAGAGUUAGGACACAUUGGAUUGCCAGGGCUACCAGGACCAGCUGGGCCACCAGGUCGGCCUGGUAUUGGAAAGCCAGGUGAGCAGGGCUUGCCAGGAUAUACAGGACCAAAAGGUGAACCAGGAUUAAAAGGGCCACCAGGGUUUCCUGGAGUGAUGGGUCCAAAGGGAGAAAGGGGUGCCGGUGUUCCAGGACUUCCUGGACUUAAAGGUCCUCCUGGGCCACAGGGGGCUCCAGGUCCAGCUGGUCUUCCUGGCAUUGGAAAACCUGGUAUGGGUGGUUUUCCAGGACCAAAAGGGCCACCGGGUCAUCCCGGGUUAAAAGGAGAACCAGGACCAACAGGUCUAAUGGGACCACCAGGCCUACAAGGACCACCCGGUGUUCCAGGUGUUGGUAAACCAGGUCCAAAUGGAUUUCCAGGUGAAAUUGGUUUACCAGGUGGUAAAGGUGACCAAGGAUUACCAGGUUUACCAGGAGCACCUGGUCUGCCAGGAAUAGGUAAACCAGGUCUCACUGGCCCUAAAGGUGAACGUGGAUUUGGAGGUGCACCUGGCCCAAUAGGACCUAUAGGACCUAUAGGUGAUAAAGGUGAACCUGGUGUAGGAGGGAUACAAGGCGAGCCUGGCCCCGCAGGUCCACCUGGACCAGUAGGACCUCAUGGUGUGCCUGGAUUUCCGGGACCAAUUGGAGAGCCUGGCAAGGAGGGCCCUGAAGGACCACUAGGACCUAAAGGCGAACCAGGAUUACAGGGAGUUCCAGGUACUCAAGGUUUUCCUGGUGAAGUAGGGCCCCCAGGUCUCAGAGGAUUGCCAGGACCAACAGGGCCAAAAGGAGAAGCAGGGCACAAGGGAUUAAUUGGUCCACCAGGGGCACCUGGUCUGCCAGGACCCAAAGGAGAAUCUGGGAUGCCUGGUGAACUAGGAUUACAAGGUGCUCCUGGAAUACCUGGCCUUACAGGAUCAAGUGGACCAAUAGGUCCUCCUGGGCUCCCAGGACCAAAGGGAGAACAAGGUUUGAUAGGUGCACCUGGUCUACCAGGUGUUGGCAUAACUGGUCCAGUAGGACCUCAAGGCCCAUUGGGACCACCUGGAACAGCAGGUCCAUCAGGACCACCUGGUUUGCCAGGACCUCCAGGACCACCAGGUGAACCUGGCCGCCCUGCUGAAAUUGCACCUACACCACCAGGUAUGGGACAGUAUUUGCCAAAUAUGGGAGCCAUUGAUGGAGUAAAAACUCCUCAUGAAUAUGCAGGAAAAAAAGGAAAAAAUGGAGGAAACAUUCAUGAAAUGCCAGCAUUCACUGCUGAACUGACCACUCCCUUCCCUUUAGUGGGAGAACCAAUCAAGUUUGAGAAGUUGUUAUACAACGGCAGAAAUGGAUACAAUCCGCUCACUGGCACCUUCACUUGUGAAAUUCCAGGGAUUUAUUACUUUUCUUACCAUGUCCAUUGUAAAGGUGCCAAUGUUUGGGUGGCAUUGUUCAAGAAUAAUGAGCCAGUAAUGUACACGUAUGAUGAGUACAAAAAGGGGUAUCUCGACCAAGCCUCAGGGAGUGCAGUCCUCCCUCUCAUGUACGGAGAUCAAGUCUAUAUUCAGAUGCCUUCAGAUCAAGCAGCUGGACUGUAUGCUGGUCAGUACGUUCACUCAUCAUUCUCUGGAUAUUUAUUGUAUCCCAUGUGAGCAACAAUAACCCUCACUCACACACCAAAGAAUUUAAAAAGUUAAUUUUGCUUCUAAAUUUUAUAUAACUUUCAACUGCCUUAAACCCUGUGCUACCAGUACUAUACCAGUACCAGGACCUUCUCUUAGCACAGUCACAUCCUUUGGUUGUAUGCACAGUAUGUACAAAUGGAGAGAAUUAUUAUUUACAUUAUAUUAAGAUCUCGCCCGGCCUGAUGCCGUUAAUGUGGCACGUGGUAGAAAUGAUUGUAUUUGUACUGAGCUCAUUCAUUCAGAAAUCUACAUUGAAACAAGGUGGAAAACAAAAACUACAGAACCGGCAAAAACAAACCCAAAGAUGCAAAGAUCUUCUCUAAAGCUGUAACAAUUACCUUUAAUAGACGGUGCUCUACUACCAUUCGGAAACACUUGACCAGAUUGUACAACGCUUUGGAUUAUAUACAAUAAUCUCAUUUAUUGAGGGCGUUUGGUAUGGGCGGAUGAUUCACUAACCCUUAACCUCUAAAGAUUAUUGAUAUUCACCCAAUUAUAUCACCUUUCCACCCGGUUUCAAAUGAAUGGAGGAAAUAUGUUAUUGCGCCUGAAAAAUGGCAAGGGUAGUUAAUUUUGUAUCCACAAAACUUUCCAUCUUUGUUUAGAUGUUAGUGGACUCUGUCUAUGGUCUGCAAUGUAUUGAUAAGGCAUUCUUCAUAGACAACGCCUGUUAAUGACUACUAGUGGUGUGGUUCUUUGGUUAUCUAUGGAGAAUGCCAAUGGCAAUUCCUUCAGCAUUGUGCAAAACCUCCCACAAAGUUAAAAAGGAAAUGUUCUCCGCACAAAUGUAUCUAUGCCAUCAUACUUUGAUCAACCACUUCCUAUUUAGCAAACGAUCCCAUCAAUGAAACAUAUUUCUCAUUCUUCAUUUAAAAUUAGCAAAUUCCAAUAUUUCACUGGAGAUGAUUCAGGUUAACAAAUCCAUGCAUAUAUAUAUAUAUAUAUA